AUGGAAUAUUGGAAAUCUUACCGGACGCUGAAAUUUGCAAGGGAAAUCGUUAAGGGAACACCUGAGAGUGGGUUUGAACGCUUGCCUUCUUACUUAUACAUGAUAAUAAGGGAAAAUCCGAGUACAGUUGCGCGUCUUCAAAUCGAUGAGAAUGGAAAAUUCAUGUAUGUGUUUCUUGCGUUUGGUGCGAGCGUAAAUGGGUUUCCUUUCAUGCGCAAAGUUGUGGUUGUCGACGGUACGUUUCUUAAUGGUAGAUACAAAGGGACGCUUCUCACAGCACUAGCUCAGGAUGGUAACUUUCAGAUUUUUCCAAUAGCCUUCGCAGUGGUUGACACUGAAAAUGAUGAUUCCUGGCAUUGGUUUUUUACGCAACUAAAACUUUUGAUUCCUGACGACGAGGGUCUUGCGAUAAUCUCGGAUAGGCAUAACUCGAUUGGGAAAGCAAUUACAAAUGUGUAUCCGCUUGCUUCUCGUGGAAUUUGCACGUACCAUCUAUAUAAGAAUAUACUGGGACGGUACAAAGAAAAAGAUGCAUUUCGUCUGGUGAAGAAAGCGGCGAGAUGUUUUAGGAUGUCUGACUUUACUCAGAUUUUCGAGGAGAUUGAAGCGAUUAAUCCAGCACUCCACGGCUACCUCCAAAGGGCUGAUGUCCGACUGUGGACGCGUGUUCAUUUCCCGGGCGAGAGGUACAAUUUGAUGACUACGAACAUAGCGGAAUCAAUGAACAGAGCAUUGUCGAAUGCUAGAGGUCUUAGCAUUGUUCGGAUAUUAGAAUCGAUACGGGUUAUGAUGACCAGAUGGUUUGCUGAACGAAGAGAGGAUGCCAGAUCGCAGCGAACCACGCUUACUCGUGGUGUGGAGAAACUACUACAUGGUCGUGUAACUGCCGCCAGAGAUUUGGCGGUACAGAGGAUUGAUGAUCAUCACACUGAAGUUAAAUAUGGAUCUUCCGGCGAGUCUUUGCAUGUUGUUAAUUUGGUAGAGCGAAAGUGCACAUUUCGCCGUUUCGAACUCGAGAAAUUACCAUGUGUACACGCAAUCGCAGCGGCGGAGUACAGGAAUGUUUCUCGUAUAUCCAUGUGCAGUCCUUACUAUACCAGCAAUUAUUUGGUUAGCGCAUACGCUGAAUCGGUCAUGCCGGUUGAUUCAGCGCAACCUGUUCCAGAACUCGUGGCUAACCAACGCUGCUUGCCCCCGACUGUACGUCAACCACCAGGCAGACCGAAGAAAAAUAGGAUGAAAUCUGCUUUAGAAGUUGCACUAUCAAACAAACGUCCUAGGAAAGAGCACACAUGUUCUCGAUGUAGACAGAGUGGUCAUAAUGCGAAAACUUGUCCGAUGUAA